AUGGCCGUCACAUGCCGUGGCGAUCUUCACAUGGAUGCCGCACCUGCACUUCCCUAUCUCGACCUCAAAUCCUUGGAGACAACCAUCUCCGAACUCCCUACGAAAUGCACUUCGAUCUCAUCUCCACCAGCCAAGAUGGACAUCCCGCGAGUCAAGCGCAUCGACCCUCCCACCUCCAUUACCGUCCCCGACUCACCACCCAACACAGGCGGUCCACGCACCAGCUCACGCCCAACAUCCGCCGCGGCCUCAGGACAGCACUCCCGCUCCAACUCACGAAGCACACCUCGCUCCCGACCAGCAAGUCGUCAUGAUCCACUCCAUUCUUCACGAAGGGCCGUCCCAGCCGCGAGCAUCGUUCCGGUCCCAUGUACUCGCGCCCCGCCGCAGGACCGACGGGAGUCGUUACUAGCCCUGCACAGGGAAUCAUGCCGACUUUUCCAGGACCUCGAUACGUCAAAGACAUCGUCAGACGAGAUCCGCUCUGCACCAUCGUUAUCCAGAGCGCCUUCAUCAUCAUAUACAUCCCGACGGGAACGACGCACAUCAUCCGAAACAGGAUCCGUGCCUCCAUCCCCAAUCGCAUCAUCGCAGUCCAGUCGUCGUUUCACAUUUGAACACCGCGACUCAAUCAGCCCCAUUGCAGCGCCCUCACUUCAGCACCGCGAUCGCUCCAAUACCCUACCCAGCAUCACCUCCACCUCCAGCCAGUCCAGUCCCUCCGCCUCCUCCAUCAACGUCCCGGUAACGAUCAUGGAGUGGACAUCACCCUCGUCUCGCAGGGCGGAGUACGAGAAGAUUGAUCGCGCCGGCCGGGGGGUACGUGGAUUAUGGCGGAAGGUUGCGCCGAAAUGGUGCCAGGCGCGCGAUGCGCGGACGCCAUUCUUUGAAGAGGGUAAAACGAGUCGGGAGGGGAGUGUCCGACGCUUUCGGAUGGAUAUUCCGGAUGAAGAGGAUCAGAUUGGUCCUAAAGAGAAGGCUCAGGGCCAAAUGUUGGACUUUUUGGGGAAGGGGUGCGAGCAUACUCCGUGUCGCUGGACGUAUCGUCGUACGAAGACGUCUCCUGCAUAG